AUGUUUGAAGCGGGGAAGCCUGUAAAGAGGAUAGUGGUGGCGUAUAAUGGGCGGAACGCGAAGGUGGAAGGGAACAACGUGAAGCUGACGUUUCAGCUGGGGAAUGGAGGCUCCCUAUGGCAGUCAGCAGCGCCCUUCUCAUCGGGUGUCUUCCACACCACACCGCGCUCUCCCUGCCCUUCCUACCCCGCAAUCCCAUUUCCUUCCUCUUCCCUCAUCCCUCCAUCCCCCUCUCCCUCCCCCUCCAUCCCUUCAGGCUCCCUGUGGCAGUCAGCAGCGCCCUUCUCAUCAGGUGUCUUCCACACCGCGCUCUCCUGCCCCUCAGGGAACACCUCUGGCCUGCUCGUGUCCUUUGGGCUGUCCAAUACCGGCAGCACAGGGCAGGCAGCGGGAGUGACGUUUGACAUGGUGGGCAGCAACAAGCAAAUGCUGCUCGCCACUCUGCACCGCAGCGGCAAGGCCUUUCCCACCUCCGUGCCCCUGUUCCACCCACGCCCCUUCCUAACCCCCCCUCCUUCCCCCUCAGCUCUAUCCAAUACCGGCAGCACGGGGCCAGCAGCAGGAGUGACGUUUGACAUGGUGGGCAGCAACAAGCAAAUGCUGCUCGCCACUCUGCACCGCAGCGGCAAGGCCUUUCCAACCCAAGUGUCCCUCCCCUCGCCCUGUGACUCCGUGCCUGCCCGCCUCUCCCUCUACUGGGACGCGCACUAUGUCUCCUGGUACGUGAACCGCCAAUUGGUGCGCUACUUGCUGUUUCACAUCACCAACCAUCGACACCCCCAUACCCACCAUCCUUCCCCCACCCCCCCUCCAACCCUCCCCACCAGCUGCUGGUACGUGAACCGCCAGUUGGUGCGCUACUUACCUCGGUCCUCCUCACCUCUGCGCUUCCCCGCUGUGCCCCUGAUCCUCUUCGGCACCAUCAAGGCUGCUGCGCUCACCAACCUGGGGGGCUGGGCAGGCAAGAUGAGCGGAGACCCGCUGCCCAAGACUGCCAUGUGGACGGGUGUCGCCUCUAUCACACCCCUCAUGGCUAGGCUAGGCGCCCCUCUCCCUCCAACUCCCCUGCCUGUCGUGAAAUGGCCUGCAGCUCUGGGCCCAACGGCUGGGCGCCCCUCCCCCGCCGACUGCCCUGCCUGUGGUGAAAUGGCCUGCAGCGCUGGGCCCCGUGGUGGGCCCUCUGGCCGUGGACUACUGCAGCGAGCACUGCUUGGGCUGCGAGGGGGCCACUAG